AUGAUCUUUGUAGAUCUUUCGCGAAACCCGAUGGCAUCUCGGAAUCCUUACCAACCGUUUUGUUGCCUUGAAGCACCGUUCUGCAGCGCAAGCCGCAUUGAAGAAGCUGUGUAUGACAUGCUGCAGCAGUGGCCCAAGCAAAUUCACGUUUCCCAUUUCAAGAAUCGUGAGGAGCGAUCGCUCGAUGUAGACGCGUUUGUUGCGGCUUCAGCUGACCUGGUCAGCACCCCGACAUCGGAUGAUGGGUCGGUGACUGCCUUCUUGAGCAGCUUCCCCCUGCCACUCAUUCUCAGGGCAUUAGACUCUGGGUCACCAUCACAGACACGUGGCAUGGAGGGACUGGAGGAGGAGGGGGAGGAGGGCGAGACGGAGACAGGGGUGUCAGAGGCAGCAAUGCAGCUGCAGCAGGCAGCUGUGCAGGCUCUCUUUAGGGUUUUCAAGUCCAAUGUUCUUCAGCGCAUGGCAGAGGGGGGAGAGGAGGAGAUGCAGGAGCUAGGGAGUCAGGGGGAGGUGGCAAGGCGAGUGGUGGGGGAGGGUUUAGUGCGGUGCUUGGGCGACGACCACCUGCCUGUGGCUGCUGCUGCCACUGACGCUCUUGCUGCCUUCUGCCGAUCACCCUUGGGAGUGGUACGAGUUUUGGGCCCAUGGGUUUGCGGUUCAGAAGCUUUUGAUAUGGUUUGUUCCCACAACCCUUCUGUCCCGCAAUCCUCCCUUCCUGCCUUUCGCUCGUUUCAGAGCCUAAUCUUCAGUAGUGAUCAACUGUACAAGCUUACACGCUCGUCGCACUCACAGGUGCAGCAGCGAGUGGUGGAGGCAGCACUGCGUCUGGCCAACCAAUCGCAGCACGCCAUGUCAGCAGUCGAGAAGCUGGAUCUGCUUCAGCCAUUGGUCGCAGAGCUGCAAGGAGUGGCAGGGAUGAGUGAAGGUGGAACAGAAGGGGGAGGUGGUACUGGGGGAGGUGCAAGUGAGGAGGGAGGUGAUGCUCUGGCAGCUCUUGCAGCGUGUGAACUCGUCUCGGAGGUGCAGUUUCCACCUCUUGUCAUCGCAUCAAUCCCACUCCUUGUGUCCCUGCGUCCCUGGUGUUUGGUUUUGUCCAUUGUAUGGUCCCUGCUUAAACCACGCAUCGACGAGAUUCACGAGGCACUCGUGCAUAUCUGCACCAAGGCUUCAAUCCCUCUCCCUGUGUCCCUUCAUCCCUGGUGUCUGGUGUUGCAUUGCGCUGCAUUCCCUCCACUGUAUGUUUCCCGCUGUCCCCGCAAAUGUCAGUUCACGAGCAGCAGAGUGGGUGUGGAGCUACUAGAGCCUCGCAUCGACGAGAUUCACGAGGCACUCGUGCAGAUCUGCACCAAGGCAUCAACGCCGGCACCACCAGCAGCAGCAGAAGGAGCAACACCAUCAGCAGCAGCAGCAGCAGCAGCACGACCAGCAGCAGCGGCGCUAGACAUGGGGAUGGACCUGCUUUUGCCAGCUGCUCUCAAGUGCGCUGCUCGCCUCACCUCGCCUGCCACACCAGGAGUCAUGGCUCCUCUCACCCUCAUCCAGGCGGACGAAGUAGCAGCGCUAUUCAACAGCAUGUGUGAGGUGUGGGGGCGCAGUGAGGAGCACGUGCCGGCUGAGACAGUUGAAGGGUUCUUCGAUGCUCUCGCCACCUAUGCUCGCUCCACACACGGUACUCGCCUGCUGCUCAACCCCCGUCGCCACAUCAUCAGCUUCGUUCUCAAGCGUGCGUUUGGGGGCUGCGGCCCUCACACAUCCCUGCAUACCGCGUCUCUGUAUGCACUGGCUUCUAUAUUCGGAGCAGAUCGCGUGGAAGGGAGCGAGCCCGUGCAGAUGGUGCCAUCCCAAUCCCUCCACGCUCUUUCUUUACUCCUCUACCCCGUUGCUGCAGGCGUCGCUGUAUGCACUGGCUUCUAUCUUCGGAGCAGACAGGGUGGAGGGGAGCGUGCCCGUGCUAAAAUUCCCAAGUCCAUUGAGCGUUUAGCUUUCUACUGCCUCCACUCCCCUUUCUCUCCGCAGGCGUCUCUGUAUGCACUGGCUUCUAUAUUCGGGGCAGAUCGCGUGGAAGGGAGCGAGCCCGUGCAGAUGGUGCCAGUGCAUGCCACCCACUCGGGAAUCAGCGGGGUGGACGAGAGGGGAGGAGUGGGGGGCGCCGGUGGGGGAGGUGAAGGGAUGGAUUUAGAGGUGGGGGACGAUGGGGAGACAAAGCUGAAAGAAGAGACGUUCGCUGCUGCGGCCAAAGCGCCGGGAGGACCAACCUUGGCGGUGAGUUUUGCAAUGGAGGAAGGGGAGUGGGGGGUGCAGGAGGGGAGCGAGCCUGUGCAGAUGGUGCCAGUGCAUGCCACCCACUCGGGAAUCAGCGGGGUGGACGAGGGGGGAGGAGCGGGGGGCGCCGGUGGGGGUGGUGAAGGGAUGGAUUUGGAGGUGGGGGAUGAUGGCGAGACGAAGCUCAAGGAAGAGACACUGGGAGAGGAACCGGUGGGGGGGGGAGAAGGAGCUGGUGGGGGUGGUGAAGGGAUAGAUUUAGAGGUGGGGGACGAUGGGGAGACGAAGCUCAAGGAAGAGACGUUUGCUGCUGCGGCUAAAGCACCAGGCGGACCCACACUAGCGGUGAGUGCUGGUAGGGUUGGGGUGAUAUGGGUAGAAGGUUCUGACAAUACCGGUGGGGUGCUGUGGGGGUGCUGGGGGGGUUGGGGUGGUGGUGCAGGGAUGGAUUUAGAGGUGGGUGACGAUGGGGAGACGAAGCUCAAGGAAGAGACAUUUGUUGCUGCGGCCAAAGCACCAGGCGGACCUACACUGGCGGGCGUGUUCGUCUCUCUGCUCAAGCGCUCUGAGGAGAUUCGAGUUGCUGUGUAUAGGCUGCUGGCAGCAGUGGUGGAGAGGGAGUGGGCGGCAGUGGAGCUGUGUGGGGACUGGGGACUGGUGCAGAUGGUGACAGACGCACAGGCUGAGAGGCACAAAGCAGCCAUGGAUUGGAGGCAUUCGUGCUGUGUGGCCAUGUCAACAGCAGCAGAGGCACAGCACGCGUCCAUCUCCUUCAACUGCACUGCGCAGUUGGCCGAGGCAGUGCGCAGGGGACCCUACCUGAGGCCACGGGAAAUCGAGCCGCGGCCCAUAGUUGUCACUGAUGAGAGGCCGCCUACUGGGUUUUGA